CUGGAUCCAUCGAACCCCCUGUUCGCAAGGAUCCGUGCUGCCCUCACAAAGCAGCUGGAAGAUCAGCAGAGGAAAGUGACCGAGGACCUGCGAGAGAAGGACGAAGAGCUGAGGCGGCUAGUGAGGCAGAAGGAGGACGUCGGUGUGGAGCUGUACGGGGUGCAGCAGCAGCUUGCGCGGAUGCAGAUCAUGCUGGAGAAGGCGCACGAGAGCUUCAACAACGUGCGGCGGGUGCGGGAGCAGGCGGAAGAUCAGGCGAAGACAAUCAGCAAGGACUAUGACAAGAAGCAGGCGGAGAUCGCAGACCAGACGAAGAGGAUGAACAAGUUCCAGAUCGAGUUGGACAAGCUCAACGCGACGCUUCAGCAGGUGGAGCAGUACAACCAGCAGAUGAAGAGCGAGAUUGCCAUCACGCGCCGAGCGACGUACAAGGCGGAGGAGCAGGUGUCGAACUUGGAGCAGGAGAAGAAGCAUCAAGACCUGCUGAUCGACGACCUGAUGAAGAGCACAAAGGUGCUGGAGGACAAGCUGCAGAUGUUCUCCUCCCAGCUUGCGGCGCAGAAGGAGGAGACGGAGGCAGCGAAGAGGGUGCUGGGAGAGGCGAAUGAUGAGAUGGAGAAGAUCCGCUUCGAGAAGAAGCAGCUGAUCCAGCAGUGGAAGAGCUCGCUGCUCGCCGUCCAGAGGAGGGACGAGCACCUGCAAGGAGCGGAGAAGGUUCUGAAGGAAGUGCAGCAGCAGGAGAUGGCGGUCGUGGGAGAGAUCAGCUCCUUCAAGCAGUCGAUCAAGAAGGAGCAGGAUCGCAACGAAUACCUCUCCUCCAUCCUCAACAAGAUCCGCAACAGCGCGGCCUUCCUGGAGAGGCAGGUGGAGCAAGUGGUGGCAGAGAGGAACAGGCUGCAGGAGCAGUUCAGCAUCCUUCAGAAGUCUCUGGAGCAGUCGGAAGGAGAGCUUGCACAGGUUGAGAGCGAGAAGAAGGUCGUCACGGAGGAGAUCGCCAAGAUGGACAAGAUGAUCGCCAGCACGUCCAAUGAGACGCAGAAGAUCGAGCAAGGGAUCCUCCAGUCCAUCGCGGAGCAGACGACCCUGCAGAAGGCCGCGCAGAGCAUCGACAAGCAGACGCAGGGGAUGCAGGCGCAGAUGCAUGCCAAGGAGAACGAGGCGGCGCAAGUGAGGAACGAGCUCGCAAGGAUCAGGGUCGACGCGCUGAACACGAUGGCGCACAACGACCAGCUCAAGUCGACGAUCAAGGAGAUCGACGAGGAGCUGAAGAGAAAGGAGCAGCUGGUUGCCAAGUACGAGGUGGAGAUAAGGAGGAGGAACGACGACAUAGAGAAGAAGAUGCGCGACCUCGACUCCCUCAACAGGAAGUUUGAGAACCUC